GCCUCUUCAAGUUCAAACCCAACUCCUUCUACUUCGUCGCAGGCAUCACUCCGGUCUACUUCUUUCCUUAUUCCCCUUCAUUUGCCUCUGAUACUUUUGCUGCAACUUUGAUCUCCUCUCGUCAGUAACCCGACGUUUUCUUCGCGAUCGCGUUGAAGACCAUUAGCGGCAAAGUCGAGGUUUUCCACGCGACGAGACCGUCCCGAGUCUACACAGUUCCUACGCGCUUUUAUCAACCAGCCGCCUCACGAACGUAACUUCAUUCACCAUGUCUGCCGAAGAAGAUCUCAUCGAUUACUCGGAUGAGGAGCUCCAAGCCACCGAAACACCCGCUGCCGCCGGCGCGACAAACGGUGCUGCGAAGAAAGGCGACCUGACUGUGACGGGCGGAAAGGCAGCCGAUAAGGGUAAAGGCAGCUACGUCGGCAUUCAUUCCACCGGAUUCAGAGAUUUCUUGCUCAAGGGCGAGCUGCUCCGAGCUAUUACCGACUGCGGUUUCGAACAUCCUUCGGAGGUCCAACAAAAGUGUAUCCCUCAAGCUCUGCUCAGCGUCGACAUCCUGUGUCAAGCCAAGUCUGGUCUCGGUAAAACGGCCGUCUUCGUCUUGACCACUUUGCAUCAGCUCGAACCCGUCCCUGGCGAAUGCUCUGUAUUGGUUAUGUGCCAUACACGAGAGCUGGCCUAUCAAAUCAAGAACGAAUAUGCACGAUUCAGCAAGUACCUUCCGGACGUCAAGACCGCGGUUUUCUACGGUGGUACUCCUAUCCAGAAGGAUAUCGAACUCCUCAAGAACAAGGAGACAUUCCCCAACAUCAUUGUUGGCACUCCGGGUCGUCUCAAUGCUCUUGUCCGCGACAAGGUCCUGUCACUGCGUAAUGUGAAGGCGUUUGUUCUUGAUGAAUGCGACAAGAUGCUUGAUCAGAUCGAUAUGCGCCGCGACGUACAAGAAAUCUUCCGAGCCACCCCAACCGAGAAGCAAGUGAUGAUGUUCAGCGCCACGCUUCCCACCGAGAUUCGGCCUAUCUGCCGGAAAUUCAUGAGAAAUCCACUGGAAGUCUUUGUUGACGACGAGACCAAGCUCACCCUCCACGGUCUACAGCAAUACUCCAUCCGACUGAGCGAAAGCGAGAAGAACAGAAAGCUCAACGAGUUGCUAGACAGCCUGGAGUUUAACCAAGUCAUCAUCUUCGUCAAGAGUACUUUGCGUGCCACUGAGCUCGACAAGUUGCUUCGCGAAUGCAACUUCCCGAGUAUCGCGGUACACUCUGGUAUCAGCCAGGAAGAGCGUAUCAAACGGUACAAAGAGUUCAAGGAAUUCAACAAGCGUAUCUGUGUGGCCACAGAUGUGUUUGGCCGUGGUAUCGAUAUUGAACGUAUCAACCUUGCCAUCAACUACGAUCUGCCUGCCGAUGCUGACUCGUAUCUCCACCGUGUCGGUCGUGCUGGACGUUUCGGUACCAAGGGUCUCAGUAUUUCUUUCGUCAGCAGCGAGCAAGAUGAGCAGGUUCUUAAGGAGAUCGAGCGAAGAUUUGAGGCGAAAGUCCCCGAGUACCCUGAGGGCGGUGUCGAUUCCAGCACCUACAUGGCUUCUUGAGGGGUGAAAAGCCCGUCUAUCUCAGCCCGCGCCACUUUUUCUGUCUGAUGCAUUUGCAAUCCUCCAUGUGACAACAGCAAUAUUCGGGAUGGCCAGGGGAGCAAGUGGAAACGGAAAAUUGGCAGACAGAAUCGACUCAUCGCACCAAAAGCGUGCUCACACGUAGCUUAGGGUAGCUAGUCGUUGUUGUGCUACAUGGCCAUUGUAUGGGCAGGAAGGAAAUGACAUACUAGAUUGUGACAAGUACAACCCGAGACUUUAUAAAGUGCAUCAGCGAUGUAUGUGUCUCGUUCAUUCGCUAUGGUAUA